AUGCUUCAGCCUGCGAUAGCCCUAGGUGCCUUUCAGCACCUGUACGAAACCAACCGGAAAGAUAAGGCGAUAGAGAUGUUGGAGCAGUAUUUGGAAAAGGUGGAACAGGUGGAGAUUCAGCCCGCCAAUCACGCGCAAGAAGAGUUGGCAGUUUGUCACGCCAAGUUGGCGGAAUGGUUAACACAUCGAAAAAAGCCACACAAUUUUACCAAAACAUUAAGAAGCGCUUUGCAGCACUUGCACCGCGCCACCGAUUUGGAUAAUAAAAACGGAUCCAUUUGGCAUACAUGGGCCCGUCUGCAUCAUGAGGCAGCAACUAAAAAUAUCUCUGGUAACCUCUCUCCAAAUGCUGAGGAGCACAUUUUUCGGGCUAUUGAUGGGUAUCUCCGAAGUGUUUGCCUUUCAAAGGAGUUGGAGGAUACGCUUGGGUUUCUGUCGCUUUGGUUUAUGCAUGCAUCACUGCCAUCGAUUCAAGGGAACGCAUCUAUUAAGGGAGGGAUUCACCAAGUAAGUCCAACAGUGUGGCUAAAGGUCAUUCCACAAAUUAUUGCUCGCAUUUAUUCUCGUGAUGCAGUUAUUGCGGAAUAUGCCUAUCAUCUUAUGGUCAUCAUUGCGAAAUCGCAUCCGCAAGCUAUUCUUUAUAGCUUGAAUGUUGCGAACACGAGCUACCAAGGGAAGGGAUCAUCCGAGAAUGUGGAACGACAAAAGGGGACGCAGCGUGUGCUUGCACGAAUUGCAGAAUUUCAUCAUAAUGGAAAAGCCAUGGUUAAUGAUGCUGCUCUGGCUUGUCGUGAAUUGGUAAGGUGUGCUGUCCUGUGGCCGGAGCUAUGGCUUGACGAAUUGGAACGGGUGUGGUUUAGAUGGGGAAGUGAGAAAAACGUUUAUAAUGUUUUAUUGGCAUUAAAGCCUUUAUUAGAGCAACUAAAAACACCUGAAACAAUGGCGGAAUCACAUUUUGCCAUGGAAUGUGGUCAACUUCUGACGGAGGCCUUUGGUUACGUAGAGAAGGCUGCUUCAUUGGGCCGUGAAGGCUAUAUGGAAGAGGCAUGGAACCGGUUUAGGACCCUGCUAAAAAGGGUGGAUGAACAGAUCAAUGGAAUGUCAUCGUUAGCUUUGCAGUUGGUGAGUCCACGCCUCUUGCAGAAUGGGAAGAACUUGUCCCUGGUUGUUCCAGGACAAUAUAGGGAGAAUGACAACUAUCCACGCAUUGCUUCUUUUCGAAGUACUUUGAAAGUAAUGAACUCGAAACAGCGCCCACGGCGCAUAUUUAUUAACGGUUCCGACGGAAAUCUCUACAAGUUCUUGUUGAAGGGUCAUGAAGACCUCCGGCUAGACGAACGGGUAAUGCAGUUACUAGGAUUUGCAAACACCAUUUUGAAAAAACACUUGGUAACUAAACGUCGAGGAUGUCUUAUUCAAACCUAUUCUGUAACCCCACUUAGUGACAACGCUGGACUUGUCGGUUGGGUGGAUCACUGUGACACACUCCACCAGAUCAUUAAGGAGUACCGCAUCAAUCCCGACUACAUCAGUAUCGAACUCAACCUAAUGCGAAACAUGUCAGAUGAACUACAUCAUCUCACUCUUAUUCAACAUGUCGAACCAUUUGAAUUGGCAUUGGAAAGGACCGAAGGUGCCGACCUUGUCCGUUCGCUCUGGAUGAAGGCUCCCAGCGCGGAGACAUGGCUUGAGAGGCGAACAACCUACGUCAGUUCUCUUGCUACCAUGUCUAUGGUUGGUCACAUUUUGGGUCUUGGUGAUCGCCACCCGUCGAAUUUGAUGAUACACGCGUUUAGUGGAAGAGUGGUGCACAUCGAUUUUGGAGACUGUUUCGAGGUUGCACAGCAACGUAGCAAUUACCCAGAGAAGGUGCCAUUUCGCCUUACGCGUAUGCUUGUUAAGGCAAUGGAGAUGGGGGGCAUAGAAGGCCUUUUUCGGCAUGGGUGCAUUAUGGUGAUGGGCGUUCUGCGGGAAGAGGGUAGUAGCCUACUGGCCCUAUUAGAGGCGUUUGUUCACGAUCCUCUAGUAUCUUGGUGGCGUGAUGAGCAAGGGAACGACGGAUACAGAAACGCACAGGAUAGUGUGACCCAGUCCACCUCGCUGACAGGAUCACUGCGUGCCAUUCAUGGAGAAUAUAAUGUGGGGAGUGUACACGGAACCCAACGAUCUUUGCACCGUCGGGGAGCAAUCUCGCGUGCAGGCUGCCAGGAAAAAGAGACUACACUGCAGCAGACUCGAAAGGCGCAAUGUGUCGUGAACCGCAUCAAAGAGAAACUUGAGGGACUUGACUUCUUUCAGGAUAGGCAGAACUGUGGUGAUGAUGGCCUCACUGUGGACGAGCAGGUUUCGAGACUGAUUGAGCAGGCCACGUCCAACGAAAAUUUGUGCGUUCAUUUUUCAGGUUGGUGUCCAUUUUGGUAA